AGAUGACACUCAGGGUCUGUCUCUGUGUGACCCUGCUGCUCAGCACAGCUAUAGGCUUGCCGCGUCUCAACUCCCGGAGCUCUAUAGUUGGGGGAGAGGAUGCAGCCCCUGGAAAAUGGCCCUGGAUGGUGUACCUUAAGUCCACAAAUGGAACGCAUGUCAGCUCCUGUGGCGGUUCUCUUAUCAACACUAGAUGGGUUCUGACUGCCGCCCACUGCGUUGACCGAUACAGCUUUCGUUUGGAACCAGUCUUGGUCGGUCAGCUGAAGCUUCAUGUGCCCAAUGGCUUGAAGUACUCCGUAAGUCGUGUCCUGAUCCACCCCGGUUACCGUAACAAUUGGAGUACGCUGUACAAUGACAUCGCCCUGGUGCAGCUGGAGACGUCGGUGGUCACCUCCGAUCUUGUGAUGCCCGUGGCACUGCCCACCCGUCGGGACGUCUUCAACACCAGCUCUGAGUGCUGGGUCACCGGAUGGGGCAACGUGGCUGAGAAUAAGCCAUUGGGAGGUAUGAGGACCCUGCAGCAGCUGAAGCUCCCCCUAGUGGAUGACGAUACCUGCAGGAAGGUGUAUCCUGGUACCAAUGAUAAGCAGCACCUUUGCGCCGGAUACAUGCAGGGGGGCAAGGACUCAUGCCAGGGUGAUUCUGGCGGCCCCCUGGUGUGUAAGUCGUCCUCUGGGAAGUUUGUCCAGGUCGGGGUGGUGAGUUUUGGAGAAGGCUGUGCCCGGCGUGGCUACCCUGGGGUGUACACACGUGUGCGCAGUUACAAAAAACAGUUCAUCAAUGUCGCCAUCCGCAAAUUCACCCUCUAGUGGUCAUGCAGGGAGGAGAACUACACCUCCACCUGAUAUUUCUCUGUCCCUCUCUCCUGUUUCUCUUCUGCCUCUCCCCUUGUCUAUCUGAUCAAUAAAAUAUUUUGCAGCAUCAAA